GAAUCAAGCCAAGUAGUGAUGGAUUGUAUUAUUCAAGAUAAUUGUAGAUUAGAAAUCAUAUAGACCUGAAUGGUCAAUGCACUAAACCCAUUACAGUUCAAAACUAGAAAUCGAUGACCAAUCUUGAUAUAACCAAGUUGAGCAUGACUACGAUCUAAGACGCCUCGUGUGCCAUGCCUAUAGCCAUUGUAGUUUGGCAUGUAACAAUAGUAGAAAACAGGUCUUCAAAACCACCCACAGUGAUCUGUGCUUACCCUUGUCAAUGACAAAACAUUGAACAGUAAUAUCUUUCAUGCCUGGUCUCAAUGACAACAGCUGACGUACAGCAUCGAUGCCCACCACUGCAGUAGUAUUCUGCAUUGUCAGAUAAAGAAAUUCAUUGUUACAAAAAUUGAAUCCCUCAGGCAAGUCACGGGUUUAGUCGCGGUUUGUUCGAGCCAUUCAAUCCACUCGAGUGUCGCUGACAAAGACUUCAAUGACAAGCAACUGCAGUAAUAAUUGAUAAAAUGUCUGAAGCAACAACAUCUGCAGACUUGAGUCAAACUGCAACAACUUUACAGGAUAAAGACAAUAUUACUUUGUUUCAGUCUUAUGGACGGAUGACUGACGAUCAUUCUGAAGAUUGGAUGAUAAGAGUUACAGGUUGGCUGUAUCGUACUGCUGGAAUGGGAAUGCGAUCUCAGUUUUUAUUGAAUCUAAGUCAGCGUCUGAUCUCUCCUAGCAGUCUUGAUUGUGAAGCAUCCACAAGUCUGUUCUGUGAUCGCACAUCGCCUUUCUUUGCUCAACCUCUUCGAAAUACUCCUGUUUGUUUAGUGGUCUUGGGAAUAGCAAAACCUUCUGUAGGCACUUCAUCUACAGUGCUCAAUCCACCAGAUGAGCUUAUGACUGAUGAAGACAUUAUGACUCUGGAUGAAAAGGCUUUGCAGGAACAUACUGGUACAUAUAUUGGUGAGGAGAUUGUGACAGAUUCGUCUGGAAGAUUCUGCUGUUUGAUGCGAGUUCCAAAAAGUGCUGUUGAUCGUAUGAUGGCUGCUCAAUUAGAGUCAAAUCCUUCUAUCCAAAGACAACCCUGGACUCGUUUGCUACUUAUGGCAUAUCUUCCUAAUAGAUGUUUGAAAAUUCGAGACAUGGCUGUCAUAACAUUGAUCCCAUCAACAGGAAUCACAGUCAUUUCAGAUAUUGACGACACAAUCAAGGAUUCCUCCGUAUUUCUUGGAAAACGAUUGGCCGCUAAAGUUGCAUUUUUAGAAGAUGGAAAAGAGGUCAGGGGAAUGUCAGACUGUUACAAUCUUUUGUCGGCCAAAGGCGUUGCAAUACACUACUUAAGCGCAGGACCAUUCCAGCUCUACUCGCCUAUUUCUGCAUUUCUUAAAACAUUUUCAUUUCCACAGGGCUCUGUUACCUUGCGUAAUGUUCGUGAGGUCUUGUCAACGCGAGCUUAUAAAAACACGGAGCUGGUACGGAUCCUCAAGGACUUUCCCAAUCAUAAAUUUAUUCUGAUUGGGGAUAGUGGUGAAAAAGACAUUGAUAUCUAUUAUGAAAUAGACAAGACCCAAUCCGAAAAAAUCAUCAAGAUGUUUAUUCGAAAUGUUACCGAGGAUGCAUCCAAGAUUCCUGAUCUACUUAAACGGGUAGAUAAUCUAUACGGUCAUCAACACGAUCGUAAGCGAUGGACGUUCUUCAAUAACUCGGUUGAAAUCAUUACAGAUGAGGUUACUAUGGAUGCCAUCAUGAAGCUUCGAUCAACUUGCACAUAA